AUGUUGGUCUACACUUGUGCUGCGUAUUGGCUGUGCAUAAAGGAAGGGCAUAACUUGGGCAGAACAAGGAAGAAUAUCCUUGGCUCCACAAUCUCGUUCCUCCUGAUCUUCCGUGCGAAUAAUGGCUACAAACGCUACAUGAAGGGCCGGGCAGCUUGCAUCCGGUUCUUCAGCACACUUCGCGAGAUCAUUUGCACCUAUCUUGUGUUUCUGGCUGGUGGUGUGCGGAACAGACGUCUCCGGUGGCGUCGAGUUGGUCCUGGAGCUCAUCCAGUCACCAAGGAGGACGUGGAGAUGGAUACCGAUGACAAGAUAGCGAGCGAGGAGCGAAUGCAGGCCAUUCGAUGGUGCCUUGUCAUGGCUAUUGCCUUCCAGAUGCACUCGCGCCUGCUGGACCAAGGACUCAACAAGGGAGGAUUGACAGCAGAGACCAAGCGCAGGGUCGACUGGGACAGGUACCGCAUAAGGGGGCUGCUGAAUGAGAGCGAGUUCCGCAGCUUGGAAGCGGUUGUGAGGGCCGUUGCUGCACCAAAUAGCUGGGACCCACUGUAUCCAAACCUCCCAGAGGUUCAGGAGCUAUUCGGAGAGGCGCUCCAGGACUCAGCUGAAGAUGUCGAGAUCAGCCGAGUUCCCUAUGUUCGUUUGUGCACGUACCUCGUGUACAAAUUGAAUGAGGUUGGCUUCAGGAACAUGAAUGAUCCACGGAUGCAGGACAAGAGGUGGGGAAUGGGCGAGCGCUUUGUGCCGCUGGUGACUGCCGAGACCAUUUCUCUCUCCUAUUCGUAUUCUGAAGUCAACCAGAUCAUAAGCACCCCUCUGCCGUUUCCCUACAACCACUUAUGCAAACUCCUGCUGUUUCUGUUCUUCCUGUCUUUUCCGUUCUUCAUUGAACAGGAGCUUGGGCUUUGGGUUAACAUCGUUGAAAACACCUUACUCGCAGUCGCACUGCUUGGUAUGGACUUCAUUGCAACAGAGCUGGAAAACCCAUUCGGGGAAGAUGCAAAUGACUUGAACAUGUAUGACCGCAUUGCCACACUGGAGCAAGAGGUCAUGGUGUUCUUGAAGCUUUGUGGCGACGAUGCGUGCCUGCAGAACUUCAUUUGGCAGGACUUCCCCACCGAAAUCCAUGAAGGGACGCCUCCAGUUCUGAAAUACUUGGCGUUGCGCUCGCAGGUGGAGAGCGGCGGGAAGGAGCCUGAUGUUGUGUGGGGUGGCGCUUGUUCCAGGGCGCACAUCUACGAGGGAAUGCGUGACCUCGCUGAGGAGGACGAGGAAGUUGACGCAAACUUCUCCGAUGACUCAUGA